UACAAACACUAUGAAGAUCUAUAUUUUUUUGGCCAUUGUCUCCUUAACCUUUGGUUUCCAUGAGAAAGUUGUUUCAACUCGAAGCCUUAGCCCAUAUAAUGCAAUUUUCAAUUUUGGUGACUCUUUAAGUGACACUGGCAAUCUCCUUGCUUCUGGAGCCUUGUCAUUCCCAGUCAUAGGAAAGUUUCCCUAUGGUCAAACCUUCUUUAAUCGUUCAACCGGUCGUUGCUCAGAUGGACGACUAGUAAUUGAUUUCAUAGCUGAGGCAUAUAAGUUGCAAUAUUUACUACCUUAUUUGGCAUUAACCAAAGACCAAAAUAUCCAUCCUGGGGUAAAUUUUGCCGUUGCUGGAGCCACAGCACUUGAUACAAAAUUCUUCAUUGAAGCCGGGCUUGGAAAAUUUCUUUGGACAAAUAAUUCAUUGAACAUUCAGCUUGGCUGGUUUAAGAAACUUAAACCCUCCCUUUGCACCAGUAAACUAGAUUGUGAUAGCUACUUCGAACGCUCUCUCUUUGUGGUGGGGGAGAUUGGUGGUAAUGAUUAUAACUAUGCUGCCAUUGCUGGAAAUAUUACUCAACUUCAAGCUACCGUUCCUCCUGUUGUUGAAGCAAUAAAAACGGCCAUCAAUGAAUUGAUAGCUGAAGGAGCAAGGGAGAUGUUGGUGCCGGGGAAUUUGCCAAUCGGGUGCUCUGCGCUAUACCUGACUUUAUUCAGAAGCGAGAACAAGGAGGACUAUGAUGGAAAUGGAUGCUUGAAAUCUUUCAAUGGUUUUGCAGAGUACCAUAACAAGGAGCUCAAGCUUGCUCUGAAGACACUAAGGCAAACGAAUCCUCAUGCAAGGAUACUCUAUGCAGAUUAUUAUGGCGCUGCCAAACGGUUCUUCCAUGCACCAGGACACUAUGGGUUUUCUAGUGGGGCGUUGAGAGCAUGCUGUGGAGCACCUGGGCCAUACAACUUCAAUAUCUCAGCAAGGUGUGGUCACAUUGGUUCAAAGGUAUGUGCAGAUCCAUCAACACAUGCAAACUGGGAUGGAAUUCAUUUGACAGAAGCAGCAUAUAAGUACAUCGCCAAAGGUCUAAUUUACGGUCCAUUCUCAUAUCCUCCCCUCAAGACCUCUCCCUACAAGAUACCCUAGUGCUCAUACCACCACCAAAAUAAUAAUUUUUCACUUGUUUAUGGCAUAAUUCCUAUACAUUCGAAGCAUGCAGGACCUGCUCUUUCAAUGCCAAUUCUUUCUUCACUGUCAACUGCACCAUUGACUUCGCCUCCUCUACAUGUUUGAUUAUUAAUACAUAAAUAUCACAUUGUUCCAAAA